UUUUAAGUUAUAAGGUUUAAAUGGUUUAAUAAAAAUUAAUAGAAGUUUUCAAUAUUUUGGUAGUAUCGACAGAAAAAAUAAAAACUGACAGUGGUGUUAAACUAGAAUUGUCUUCCGGUUAAAUUGUUAAAUAAUUUAAAAAAAAAGUGAUUCGUGCAGUACAGCCAUGAAUAAUUCGAGUGCCGAAGGUUUACCUGCCGUUAUAGAAAGUUCGGAUUCGUUUGAUAGCGGCAUCAAAAGUUCUUCUCGAUCUCCAUCGUUAACGUCCAUUGACAGAUGGCCUAUAUUUUUUUCAUCUUCCAGGAAAGCUAGACCAGAACGAAAAUUUCCUAAACAUCGUGACCCUGUGUUGAUCGAGAGACGUAACCUGGUAAACAUAUCCAAGCUGAUUGUUAAAGAACUAAUUGAAAAUUCACUGAAAAAUGGACGUAUGCUUGAUUCAGAUCAUGCACCUUUACAACACUUUUUUAUUGUUUUGGAACAUGUGCUGAGACAUGGGUUACGCCCUAAAAAAGGGCUUUUGGGCCCCAAAAAAGAAUUAUGGGAUAUAUUACAAACUGUUGAAAAGUUAACACCGGAUGCGCAAGAAUUAACAAAUAGUAUUCGAGAUUUACCUACUGUCAAAACUCACAUGGGUAGAGCAAGAGCUUGGUUAAGAGUAGCCUUAAUGCAAAAAAAGUUGGCUGAUUAUUUGAAAAUUUUAGUGGACAAUCGUGAUGAAGAAUUAGUAGAUUAUUUUGAGCCAGAUGCUUUAAUGAUGAGUGAUGAAGCUAUUGUUAUUGUUGGCCUUAUGGUUGGCCUUAAUGUUAUUGACUGCAAUUUAUGUAUUAAGGAAGAGGAUUUAGAUUCACAACAAGGUGUAAUUGAUUUCUCAUUAUAUCUGCGCUCAAGUCAUCACCCUAAUCAUCAUAUACAAGGCACUGUCAGUUGUCCUGAUAGUCCUUUAGGUCUCGAGUCGGAAAAUAUGAAUGUAGUACUUGACCAAAAAAAUUAUAUAGAAGAACUGAAUUGCCAUCUUAAGGCAACAGUGGCAAAUUUAGAGUCUAAAGUAGAAACGCUUACAACGUCUAAUACAUUAAUCAAAGAAGAACUUGAAAUGGCUAAUAACAGUUAUGCUAUGUUGAAAGAAGAAAACCAAAUAAUCAAAAAUCAGUUGAUCAAACAAAAUGAUUCUAAAAAUGCUGAACCUUUGACUAUUGAUGUUCCUACUGGCGACAUGGAUACACUAAAGCAAUUUGCAGAAAAUGAAAAAAAACAAAGAAUUGAAGCUGAGAAGGAACUUCAUUUACAAAUGAGUCUUAAAGCUGAAAUGGAGGUUGCAAUGAAACUUUUAGAAAAAGAAAGUAGAGAAAAACAAGAAAAUAUUGUUUCUCUACGAAAACAAUUAGAUGACAUCAAAAUGAUUAAUUUGGAAAUGUAUAAAAAAUUACAGGAGAGUGAGAGUUCGCUUAAGCACAAGUCAGAGUUUGUUUCUAAACUGGAAUCAAAAAAUGUAACAUUAACAGAGGCUUUGAAAAAAACUGAAGAGGUAUCGAAAAAAUAUGAAGAGGAGAAGAAAAAAAUAUCUGAUUCGGUACUUAGAUACCACGAUCAAAUUGCUGGACAGACAACAACUAUCGUGAAAUUAAAAGAGGACUUAGUUAAAGAGCAACAAUCUAAGUCUGCUCUUGAGGAACAAUUAUCCAAGGCAGGAAAUCAAACAACUCGUCUCGACGAAGAAAUUGUUCAACUAAAAGCAAUGUCAAAUGAGUAUGUUCACUUACAGGAGGAACAUCACAGAUUAAAAGAAAAGUAUCAAGGCCAAGAAUUAGCACUUGAAGAAUUAGCCAAUCAGUUGAAAAAGGAGAUAUUAAAAUCCAAUGAACUGGAAGAAGCCGCUAACAGUGCAUCGGCGCAAGCACACUGGGAACGCGAUAAUGAGGUGGCCAAUUGCAAAAAAUGUGAAAAAGAAUUUAGCUUAACGAGAAGAAAACAUCACUGUAGAAACUGUGGUGGAAUAUUUUGCGCAAUGUGUUCUGACAACACAAUGAUGUUGCCAUCAUCUGCUAAACCUGUUCGUGUUUGUGAUGACUGCAACUUACUGCUUGUUGAAAGAUACUCUGUCGUGCCGAACAAUUGACAUAAGUAUUAAUGAAAACUGAACAUUUUAUUUUUUUUUAAACACAAAAUUAAACCUAAUAGGUAUUUUUAU